ACCAGAGAGGAAGCGGAAAGGGCCUGCACUCAGGCACCCAUCUGACAGCGCCCGCCACUCGCUUCCACACGGCCUUGGCUGAGAGGACACCGGGCGCCCGUGAGGAAGCCGCGGGCGAGGUCGGGGUCAUUUGUGCUGUCAUUCUCAGCUACCUGAGAGGGAGUGUGAAGAUGCUUAAGGAGCGCCCAGGGAUGGCGGAAGAUCCUCAGCAGCAAGCGGGCGUUCCUGUGGUGAAGCUGGAAAAGGAGCUGCCGUGGGGUAGGGGAAGGGAGGACUCAAGCCCUGAAACUUUCCGUCUGAGGUUUCGGCAGUUCCGCUACCAGGAGGCAGCUGGUCCCCAGGAAGCCCUCAGGGAGCUGCAGGAACUCUGUCGCCGGUGGCUGAGGCCCGAGCUGCACACCAAGGAGCAGAUCCUGGAGCUGCUGGUGCUGGAGCAGUUCCUGACCAUCCUGCCUCGGGAGUUCUAUGCCUGGAUUUGGGAGCAUGGCCUGGAGAGUGGCAAGGCCUUGGUGGCCCUGGUGGAGGGCUUGACGGAGAGAACACUGGACGCCAAGGCGGUCCCAUGUCCUGUGCAGGCAGAGCAAGAGGAGACAGCACUUUGCAGAGGCACCUGGGAGCCUGGCGUUCACCCAGGGCCAGUGGAGGUCAAGCCUGAGUGGGAGCUGGGAACUCCUGGGGAAGGAGUUCAAGGCCUGGACCAAAGUGCGGAGGAGCAGCCCCUCAAUCAGGACCCUGGAGGUGGGACGCAGGCCUUCCAGGAGCAGGUGCUGCCAAUGCUUCCGACUGCUUCAGGCCUCCCUGUGGUGAGCACCAGAGACCAGGAAAUGGCAGUUGGGUUCCUCACGACUGGAUCCCAGGGAUUGGGAGCCUUCAAAGACAUGGCCUUGGCCUUCCCUGAGGAAGAAUGGAGACAAGUGACGCCAGCCCAGAUAGAUUGCUUUGGGGAGUACGUGGAACCUCAGGCCUGCACAGUUUCUCCAGGUGCUGGGAGCAAGGAGAAGGAGCUGAAACCACAGCAGGAAGACCUCAAAGAGGCGUUUGCUGGACUGACGGCACAGGGGUUUGGGGAAGUCACUCUGCAGGGUGCUGGGCUUGGGCGGGCCUCUGAGCAGGAGCCCAGUGGCUCUGCGGGCAGCCUGCCAGGGCUUCCUCCCCCUCAGCAGGGCACAGUGCCCAUUUCUGAUGAACUCAAAACUCAUAGCUCCUUCUGGAAGCCCUUCCAGUGCCGUGAGUGUGGAAAAGGCUUCAGUCGAAGCUCCAAUCUUGUCAGACACCAGCGCACACAUGAGGAGGAGAAAUCCUAUGGGUGCAUGGAGUGUGGGAAGGGCUUUACACUGAGGGAGUAUCUGAUGAAGCACCAGAGAACACACUUGGGAAAGAGACCCUAUGUGUGCAGCGAGUGCUGGAAAACCUUCAGCCAAAGACACCACCUUGAGGUCCACCAGCGGAGCCACACAGGGGAGAAGCCCUACAAAUGUGGGGACUGCUGGAAGAGCUUUAGCCGGAGGCAGCACCUGCAGGUCCAUCGCAGGACGCAUACUGGGGAGAAGCCUUACACAUGUGAGUGCGGCAAGAGCUUCAGUAGGAACGCCAACCUGGCUGUGCACCGGCGUGCCCACACUGGUGAGAAGCCGUACGGGUGCCAGGUGUGUGGCAAGCGCUUCAGCAAGGGCGAGCGACUGGUCCGGCACCAGAGGAUCCACACGGGAGAGAAGCCCUACCACUGCCUGGCCUGUGGGCGAAGCUUCAACCAGAGGUCCAUUCUUAAUCGGCACCAGAAGACUCAACACCGCCAGGAACCCCCGGUACCCUGAGGGAAGUCUCAUCAUGCGGCCUAUCUGCUGGGCUUCUGUGGUUGUGGAGGAUGGGAUGCACAAGGUCACCUUGACCCACUCUUCCCCCCACUCCCAAGUCCACGGAGAGGUCAAGGCUUGGCGAUGUAGGGCUCCCAGAGGGCAUAGCUGCUUGCACCUUACCUAUUUGGUGCUGAUGCUUUCUGCUCCCGUCUUUUAGUUCAAGCCGAGUGGGUGUUUGUACCCACCCCUGGAACAAAUGUGGUAAGGAAGGCAGAAUUUUCUUACCUGUUGGCAGCUUGAGCUUCAUUUUUCUGAGGGCUUUAUCCUGCCUGCUUCUCUCCUCAACUACUCUCUUCCAUUUAGCAAAAUUCUUUUAGACACCUGCCAUGUCCUACUGCAGUAAAUGCUGACUGGAGAGGUGGGUGAGGCCUGUGUUUGUGAGCAUAUGGGAAGUUGUAACCUACCAAGUGUGACAGUGAGUGCCACGUCCCUUGUGGCCUUGUGUUUUUGUCUCCAACUGUAGUAUUCUGUCCUCAUCUGUAAAGUUUCUCUGAUGUUACUGCUUGCACUGUAACAACCGUCAACACAUCAGCUAUUGGAAAUGAAUAUUUUGCUAUUGAUCACUGAAUAAACAGUAUUUUAAAGAAAAAUUCUGUUCUGUAGAAUGACCUAUUUAGUGAGUCUGAAAAAAUGACCUGGUAUCAACGCCCUGUUUAAUGGACCUGUAGUGUGUAUAAAUUGCUUUUCUACUUGUUCUCAUGGUUUAUUGCACAAGUACUUUUUGAUUGAGGCCCUGGAGUGUGCCAGGCACUCUUCUCGGUGCUCAUGGUACAUUGUUGUUAAAAAAGGGAAGAAAAUGACUUGACCUCAAAGCGCUUAUGAUUUAGUGAACGUGCCUGAUCUUCAGAAUCUGGAUAUUUCCAUGAAUCCCUGGACAUGGGGUCCGAGCCCUUGUAUUUAGUCUUGUCAGUUCUUGCCGUGAAAUGCAUUUGCUGCCUACCUCUUGUUACAAAUAGCUUCUGUGCUUGGUGCACCCAGACCUUUGACACUGAGAAACGGGAUCCUGGGUCCCAAAUGGAGAGGAUGCAAUGGUUGUGUCCACUUUUGCAUGUGUGCCAUUUCAGGAAAAAUAACAAUGGUUGUAGGCAUUUAAAAACAUACAUUUCUUUAAAAAUGAGAAGAUGUGGUAUUUGUAACUGUGCUAAUGCUUUCAUUUAUUAUUUUGCUAUACUCCAAUGAUUUUCUUGCUGUUUAAUCUGGAAACUACCUAGCUGGCGUGGGUUGCAGUGCCAUGUCAUUGGUAUGCCAGAUCCUGGCUGCUGAGUAAGAUUGUGUAUCUUUUGUUGACAGUUUACACUGUGAUUGCAGCAAGCUGUGGAUUUGUGUCAUGGGCUGUUUAUCUUGUGUUCUAACAUAUUCUUUUACUGAGACCAAUUUUUCUUUCCUGUUGUGAGAUAAAAUGUGACCAGUAAUACAAGGUUGUGUUAUUCCUUUUUAAAAAAGAUUUAUUUAACUUUGGGCCUGGUGAGAUGGCUCAGUGGCUAAAUC